GACUUUGAUUAUUUGAUUUGUGUUUAACUUCAUGUUUAAACUCAGGAAAUGUUUUGAAUGAAUUUAUAAGUAUUUUUUAUUUUCAAUUAAAUAAUUAUGAGUUCAGCCAGCAAGGUUGGUGAAAUAUUCACUGCCGCAGGCCAAGCUUUUAAUAGAUUAGGAGAUCUAACAAUGCAAUUACAUCCUAAUGCAGAAUCUCCUACAGGAAAAUGGACUGAUGAAGAAAUUGAGAUGCUACGCCAAGUUGUCAAACAAUUUUCAGAUGGAUUAAACCAAAUUAGUGAUCAUAUAAAAAGGCGUACAGUAUCCCAAAUUAGGACGGCAUUAAAGAAGAAAGCCUUUGAAGAUGCAGGAUUGCCAGUGAGACAGGUUAAUCAGUCAGUAGCGCCAGUUCAGCUUCAACAGCAACCUAUGAUAAAAUCUGAAGUCACUUUAAAUAUGUUAAAUGCUGCAGAAUCUGAAGUUGAUGUAGAAGGUCUUCAUGAAGAUGUAAAACUUGAUUUUGAUGGAGGAAAUGAUGAAGUUUCAUCGAAAGGCCCCAAUACUAAGGCAACAUUAUCAAGUGUAUUAUGAAGAGGAUAUUCAUGAUUGUAAAUAAAUGUUAAUAGAACAUGCAGUGAAAUUAAACAUAAAAUUGAUAGAUAAUGAACUUUUGGUUCAUUAUCACAUUUGCACAAAAAUGCAAAUACAUAAAGUUAAUAUUUUAAUAAAUAUGAUUAAUUGGUAAUGUUUUUGUACAGGAUUUGAGAAAUUCACUAUGUAUGUAAAUAACACUAGAAAUAAAACAAAUGAUUAU